UUGAGUUUGUGGUCGUUUUGCGCAGGCGUCGUCUUGCUGUACCUGGUCACUUUGGAGCGUUAGGAUGAGCUCCAAGAACACCCCGGGCUUCUGUCUACUCUUACCCUCUCUCCCAGCCAUUGACGGAUUUGGGGACCAGGCAGUCAUUCCGUGCCGCCUUUGAUUCUCUCUUCCCGCUCGCCCCAGCUCUUCCUCCCUUCUAAGUCAAAGUCAGAUGCGCGGGCUGAAGGGCUGGGAAAGUUGUUAAAUCUGGCUCCGUGAUUGAGAGCGGGUAGUGAGCCCUCUGUUUUCGGAGGGCUCAUCGCGUACACGCCCCUUCCGCUGCAAGAACAGCGGACGAGCACAUUGCUCAUCAGCAACAAAAACUUUCUACCUAAAUCCCUGUAGAAAUGCUAGCUGGGACCCAGAAAUCCCAGGAGCAAGCGGCAAGAUUCGUCUCUAAUUAAGAACUUGGAGAGUUCCCAGGUACCUGAAAUGUUAGUUGUAAUUUAGAAAGUCGAGCAGUCAUCCUUGGACAGAGCGCAGGGAGCUGGCCCCGACGACUGGAAACCAUGGAAGCAGCCGUAAAAGAGGAAAUCAGCAUUGAAGAUGAGGCUGUGGAUAAAAAAAAUUUCAAAGACUGCAGCAAGAUUGCUUUUUACAGGCGUCAGAAGCAGCAGCUCUCAAAGAAGUCUACCUAUCAGGCAUUACUAGACUCAGUCACAGCAGACAAAGACAGCACCAGGUUCCAAAUCAUCAAUGAAGCAACUAAGAUUCCUCUCUCGGCUGAAGUUUAUGGUAUAGAGGGAGACAUUUUCAGGCUUAAAAUCAAUGAAGAAGCUCCUCUGAAGCCCAGAUAUGAAGUUCCUGAUGUCCUGACAAGCAAGCCAAGCACUGUCAGACUAAUUUCAUGCUCAGGGGAUGCAGACAGUCUGGUAUUGGCAUAUGGAAAAGGAGAUCUGAAGUUUCAUGUCACAGCAAACCCAUUCAAGAUAGACUUGGUAUCUGCAGAAGAGGUUGUGAUGAGCAUAAACUCCUUAGGCCAAUUAUACUUUGAGCACCUACAGAUUCCUCCAAAACAAAGCUACCAAAGGAAAAAUGAGAAUGAUGUACCAGUUGACACCUCUCAGGAAUAUCAACAGGAUCUUGGUCUAUGGGAGGAGAAAUUCCGAAAAUUUGUAGAUAUCAAACCCAAUGGUCCUGCUUCCAUUGGUUUGGAUUUCUCCUUGCAUGGAUUUGAGCAUCUUUACGGGAUCCCACAACAUGCAGAAUCACACAAACUUAAAAAUACUGGUGAUGGGGAUGCUUACCGUCUUUAUAACCUGGAUGUUUAUGGAUAUAAGAUACAUGACAAAAUGGGUGUAUAUGGUUCAGUGCCAUAUCUCAUUGCCCACAAACUGGGCAGGACAGUAGGCAUUUUCUGGCUGAAUGCCUCAGAAACACUAGUGGAGAUCAACACAGAGCCUGCAGUAGAGAGCACACCGACCCAGAUGGACUCAGUUGUUAAUAAACAAGAUGUCAAAUCUCAAACUGAUGUACGCUGGAUGUCAGAGAGUGGAAUCAUUGAUGUUUUUCUGCUGACAGGACCUACACCCUCUGAUGUCUUCAGGCAGUACUCCCACCUUACAGGUACCCAAGCCAUGCCCCCUCUUUUCUCCUUGGGGUACCAUCAGUGCCGCUGGAACUAUGAAGAUGAACAGGAUGUAAAAGCAGUGGAUGCAGGAUUUGAUGAAUAUGACAUUCCUUAUGAUGUCAUGUGGCUGGAUAUAGAGCACACCAAUGGCAAGAGGUACUUCACCUGGGACAAGAAAAGAUUCCCAAACCCCAAAAGGUUGCAAGAGCUGCUCAGGAGCAAAAAACGUAAGCUGGUGGUCAUCAGUGACCCCCACAUCAAGAUUGAUCCCAACUAUGCCCUGUAUGCUAAAGCCAAAGAGCAGGGCUUCUUUGUGAGGAAUCAUGAAGGGGGAGAUUUUGAAGGGAUAUGCUGGCCUGGUCUCUCCUCUUACCUGGAUUUCACCAACCCCAAGGUCAGAGAGUGGUACUCAGGUCUUUUUGCCUUCCCUGUUUAUCAGGGAUCCACUGACAUCCUCUUCAUAUGGAACGACAUGAAUGAACCCUCUGUCUUUAGAGGGCCAGAGCAAACCAUGCAGAAGAAUGCCAUUCAUCAUGGCAAUUGGGAGCACAGAGAACUUCACAACAUCUAUGGUUUUUACCAGCAAAUGGCUACUGCAGAAGGACUGAUACAGCGAUCUAAGGGGAAAGAGAGACCCUUUGUUCUUACACGUUCUUUCUUUGCUGGAUCACAAAAGUAUGGUGCUGUGUGGACAGGUGACAACAGAUCCAAAUGGAGUUACCUGAAAAUUUCUAUACCAAUGUUACUCACUCUCAGCAUCACUGGGAUCUCUUUUUGUGGAGCUGAUGUAGGCGGGUUCAUCGGGAAUCCAGAAGCAGAGCUUCUUGUGCGUUGGUACCAGGCUGGAGCUUACCAGCCCUUCUUCCGUGGCCAUGCUACCAAAAACACCAAGCGGCGAGAACCCUGGCUCUUUGGAGAGGAAUACACGCGGCUCAUCCGAGAAGCCAUCAGAGCACGCUACACCCUUUUGCCUUAUUGGUACUCUCUGUUCUACCAUGCACAUGUGGCUUCUGAACCUGUCAUGAGGCCUCUGUGGGUGGAGUUCCCUGAUGAUUUAGAGACUUUUGAUGUGGAAGAUGAAUACAUGCUGGGAAGUGCUUUAUUGGUUCAUCCAGUCACACAACCAAAAGCCACCAUUGUUGAUGUGUUUCUACCAGGAUCCAAUGAGAUCUGGUAUGACUCUAAGACAUUUUCUCAUUGGGAAGGAGCAUGCACUGUGAUGAUCCCAGUAACUUUGGACACUAUACCAGUGUUUCAGCGAGGUGGAAGUGUGAUACCGGUAAAGACAACAGUAGGAAAAGCCGCUGGGUGGAUGACUGAUUCCCCAUAUGGACUGUGGGUUGCUCUAAGCACUAAGGGUUCUGCAGAAGGUGAGUUAUAUCUUGAUGAUGGACAUUCAUUCCAGUACCUCCACAAGAAGCAGUUCUUACACAGGAAAUUUUCAUUCUGUUCAGGUGUUUUGAUCAACAGUUGUGCCAAUGAGAGUGCUCAUUACCCCAGCAAGUGUGUGGUGGAGCAGAUCUUGGUCCUAGGCUUUAGGAAGCAGCCAUCUUCUAUAACUACCUACUCAUCUGAUGGGAAAGAACAGACGGUGGCUUUUACAUACUGUGCCAAAACAUCCUCCCUGAGUCUAGAGAAGCUCUCGCUAAACAUUGGCACUGAUUGGGAGGUCCACAUCAAAUAAAAAAGAAGUGACCCCAGUGACCAGCAAGUGCAAGAAGCAGCCUGCACCUCUCGCCCCUUCCCUGGCCUGUUCUGAGAUUUGUGCUGCACUCUGACUGAUUUCAUUGGCUCAUAGUGAAGUCACCAUACAGCGUGCUAAUAAACAAUAGAUUUACUAUUUUUCAGAUUUUACAUUUUCAGAGUACUAAUAACACUGUGUCAAACACUGCCUCUUCUCCUGAAUACAAGUCCUGAGACAUUUAUAGAGUUCAUGAAUCUUCUUUUGCCUUUUGGGCCAAAGUAAAAUGCUGUGGCCCAGUGAAUGGCCUCUCUUUGAGCAGGAUUGGAGGGGUUUGUUUUAUGUAGUAUGUGGACCAAACCCACCUCCUGGGACCCAUUUUUUGGGCUUGACUCAGGCCGUGAAGCAGAGGCAAACUGACUGCAGCAGCUGAGUUGUUCCAGGCCUAUCUCCAAGUGGAUGGAAGGCUCUGGUAACCCUCACAGUUAUGUUUCACCCACUCAGAUGUGGGCGCAACAGCCCUUUUCAGCAGCAACAGCGAGUUAUUCUCCCCUAGAGAUUUAACUUGGGAGCACAAAGUCUUUUCCCUUUCAUGCUUUUCAGGCUUAAAAUUUACAAAUUAAUCUUAUUAAAGCUCUAGUUUCUUGUUCUUAAUUGUUUUUAUUAGAGGAAUGAAGUUAUUUCAGGAUAUUUGUUUUUCCCAUUGCUUUGCUUUGUUUUGUUUGGAAAUGUUUUUUUUUAUUUGAUAAAGUAAUUUUAAAUUAAAAAAAAAAAGUGUCUACUAACCAAAGAAUAUUUGUAGCAUGAGUAAGCUAUAAAUAAUAAUAAUGAAAUAAAUAUCCAUGUCCCCACCACCAAACUUCAGAAAUAGAACACGGCUGGGAUGAGGGUGAGAUGAGUGAAGCACUUCCCUUGGGCAUAAAAUUAAGGGACUCCAAAAAACUCCACAAUCUUGGUAAUAUUUGAAUGCAGUAUUUUUAAAAAUCAAAAUUAAAGCAAAAAUCCAUGAUAAAUAAAAUAUUAGAAUUUUAAAUAAAGACAAGAUCAGUAUUA